UUCCCAGCAUGCCGCAAUGCAGGCUCCCCAACAGACGCAGUCUCGGGUUCUGAGCACUGCGGGGCCGUCUGCUAAGAUACACUGGCCCGUCUACGUUCAUGGCUUCUCCUAGCAAGGCAGUAAUUGUUCCUGGUAAUGGAGGCGGUGAUGUGGCCACCCACGGCUGGUAUGGCUGGGUGAAGAAGAGGCUGGAGCAGAUACCUGGUUUCCAGUGUUUGGCUAAAAACAUGCCUGACCCAAUUACAGCUCGAGAGAGCAUCUGGCUGCCCUUCAUGGAGACGGAGCUGCAAUGUGACGAGAAGACCAUCAUCAUAGGCCACAGUUCUGGGGCCAUUGCAGCCAUGAGGUAUGCAGAAACACAUCGAAUAUUUGCUAUUGUAUUAGUGUCUGCAUAUACAUCAGACUUGGGGGAUGAAAAUGAGCGUGCAAGUGGAUACUUCAGCCGUCCCUGGCAAUGGGAGAAGAUCAAAGCCAACUGCCCUCACAUUGUACAGUUUGGUUCCACUGAUGAUCCUUUCCUUCCCUGGAAGGAACAACAAGAAGUGGCUGAUAGAUUGGAAGCCAAAUUGUAUAGAUACACUGAUCGUGGCCACUUUCAGAACACGGAGUUUCCUGAACUGAUUAAUGUGGUCAAGUCUAUGCUGAAAGUACCAGCAUAAACAGAAAUAAUUUCUGCUAUUUUGCAUACCAGUAUAAUAGAGCAAUUAUCAGAUUAGUAAAAUAAUUUUCUAUUAUCAGAUGAUUACCAGACACAAAAAACAGAUCAAAUAAAGUGUUAAAAAUGCCUAUAAAAAACCAAGUUUCGAUGUUCAAACUAAGUUACAAACACCAUUUCCAUUUUCCAUAGAAUCUACAUCUCCCCAAAUUGCUAUAAACUAAAGCAGUAUUUUUCCCACAUAAGGGACAUCAGGAUAUCUUAACCACCCUUAUCUAUCCAAAGUGAGUAAGACAGAAAUGGAACCCAGUUUUCCAGUCCAGAUUAAAACUAAAUAGUUUUCAUGUGUUGUACUCCUCUUUCAAAUAAAACUUCUAACGUCCAGAGUACUGGCAUAGAACUCAAAACACUAGCUGUUGUUUCAAGCUGGCCCAGGAUAUCAAACCGAGACUGAGGCCUUCACUUUGACACCUUGCCACCCCCCUCCCCCACCCCCCAAGUCGUUCAAGCAUGUUGAGAGAGAAUGAAACAUAAGGAUGCUAACAGGCAGGGGUCUGCAGGGGAUAUGAGCGCAGUCAACUUUGUGUUAAGACAUCGGUGAUGAGGAUUGGCCAAUGUGGAGAGCUCACGCAUGUGGGAAUGUGGCAAGGUGUUGCCAAUUUUCUGAUUUUUUUUAUGACACUUCAUACAAUGGUUUGUAUAUUCAGGGCAUAUAUAUGUAUGCAUACAUAAUCCAUAUGUACAUGAAUUAUAUCCAGUCCAUAUACACAUGGAUUAUGUUAGCAACUAUAAUGUAAAUAAAAAACUUACAAACACUGCAAGACACAUAAAGUUCAAGCCAUCUAUUUGUGAUCUCUGUCAUAAGUAUUAACUGAGCCAGGUCCUUUUAAAUGAUACUCUAUAAAGCCUGAGAAAUGAACAUAAUGUCAAAGGAUGAAAUCAGGAGAACAAUUUGGAUUUUGUUACUAAGUCUUAAGUAUUUUUAAAAAAUAAUUUUCCACACCUCAAAUUUUUCUGGGGCUGGCUGAGUGGCGCGAUGAUUAAGA